AAGAAAUGGGAGAAAAUGCUUUAGACAGAGAGAGGGAGAGCAGCUGGAAGUAAUGUCAAUGAACCCAUCGCUUUUUUAUUUGUCUGCAUGCCGAUCAAGACAACGUAGGAAUCACAUUCACAAAUAACAGUACUAUGCAGUGGUGUUUCUUCAAAGACUGAAUCACUGAGCAAGAAUUCAUUCAGACUGAAGAAUGGCCUUCAAUACAACUCUUCACACGCACUCCCACUCUGAUGUAUCAAUCCACCCUGAGAAAUCAACACUGGACAUCGAUGCCAUUAUGGAAAAUAUUACCAUUGUCCUAUACACCAUUACCAUCAUCUUUGGCAUCAGCGGGAACUCUGUGGUCAUCUGGGUGGCAGGUUUUCGCCUUAAACCCAACGUCAGUAACGUUUGGUUGGUCAAUCUCGCAGUAGCAGAUCUGAUCUUCUGCUUCACCCGAAUCAUUUCACUCAUCAAAAACCUCUUCUUUGACUACUGGCCUUUUGGAAUCUUUCUCUGCAAGUUCAAUGGUUUCUUUAAGUACGCCAACAUGUUCUGCAGUGUUUUUCUUCUGGCUGUCAUCAGUGUGGAUCGAACGCUCUGCGUCUGGUGUCCGGUGUUCACCAGGAAACGACGGACAAUAUGUGCUGCUCGUGUUGUCAGUGUGGGAGUUUGGAUCGUGGCUGUGAUCUUUAGUUCUCCAUACUUUGUUUACCGGCAGGUCUACCUUGGUGACAAAAACUUGAGCAAGUGCUCCCUGGAGGUGAAAGAAUCGUCAAAGGGCGACAAUUCGGCAAAGAACGCCCUGUACAGCAUUCGCUUCUUGUGUGGAUUCCUGUUGCCUUUCCUGGUCAUCCUGUGCUGCUACGUUCUAGCUGCUAUUGGGAUACGCAGAGCAAGGUUUUCUGGCAAAUCGAAGCCCCUGCGGAUUCUCGCUGCAUUAGUGGUCGCCUUUUUCCUGUGCUGGGCCCCAUACCACUGCCUGCUGCUCGCCAAGAUGGUGGACAAGAAAAGCCAAGUAGUCAAAGUGGGCCUGCCUAUUGCUAAGGGCAUUGCGUAUUUCAACAGCUGUGUCAACCCGCUGCUCUAUUUCUGCAUGGGACUCAAUCUUCGGCAAAACUUUAGGCAAAGCAUAUCAGGGAUUUAUCGCCGAGCGCUUAUGGAAGAAGUGCCCACUGUACAGUCUCAGGAAGGCACCAGGGAUGAAAGCUGUAAUUCCCUUUCGAAGUCUACAGGACUUAAUCGAGGUCGACCUAGGCGGUUGGCUAAAGUUUAAAAGAGUUUUAUUGUAAUCUUACUUUUGUUAUUUAGCAGUGACAGUCAGCUGGAAAAUUGUACAGGGAAGACUGAUCAAAUCAAUGUGAAAGAGUUAUUUUAUCUGACAUUUAAGCAUUAAGACUAUCAACCCAGGCUCAUUCUGAAAAUAUACCUCCUAUAUACAUUUCUGGACACCACGAAAUGCGUCCCAGGAGCUAAGUUUUUUUGCAGUUCUUGUUUUUGCGAAUCCAUAAGAGGACACUGUCUACGCUUUUUGAGAUCUCAAAUUUCUUUCGCAAGUGCCAUUCACGCCUGUUGUUCUUGCGUAAAACCACCAGAGGCCGCUGUUGAGUGACUGUUUGACUGACUGAAUGACUGACUGACUGAAAGAUUAACUGACCCAUCGAUCUCCUUCCCUAAACUCAACCAAUUUUAUUGAUUAACCCGCUCACCCACUUUCCUAAACCCAACCAAAAAUUUUCAAAAGCAAUCCAGAGAAAGAACCACGUUUUCAGAUUUGACCACAUUCUCACUCUGUUAUGUACUUGUUUAUUUUAUUUUUUUGUUUUUGUCUUACCUGCUUUCUGAAACCGUUCUUCACCAAACUUGAACCCUGUCAUCAUGGUCAACUCCUCUUACAGCAGGAAAGCUGUUCAUACGGAGGUAAGCGGUCAGCUGUAAGCACGAAAAGGAGCGCCGUCAUACCGCCCCAUAGCAUUCUUUAAAAAAUGAAAUGCAGCCAUAUGGACCUAUCGCUACUUAAUUCGCGAUCUCCAGAGAUGUAUAUAGGGCUACGUUUCCAGAAUGAGCCUAUAUUGAAGACUAUCUAUACCUGAUUCUGUACAUAUACCUGGAUGAAGAACUUUAUCAUGAAAAAACAUGGAAUAUUCACCCAGAUUCUGUCAUAAUUUACUCUCCCUUAACUUGUGUAAAACCUGUUUGACUUUUUUUUUGUCUGUUGAACAAAAAGGAAGAUAUUUUUUGAAGAAAUCUUGCAACCUGAUACUGUUGACUUCCAUAGUAUUUGUUUUUUUCUUGCUAUGGAAGUCAAUACUGGAUUUUCGGCUUUCUUUAAAAUAUCUCCUUUAAUUUACAACUGGUAAAAGAAAGAUGUAAAGCUAAGGAACUACUUGAGGAAGUAAAUAGUAAGUAAAUUGUUAUUUUUGCGUGAACUACCCCUUUAAAAAACAUAAAUAAUAACCUUGUACUGUAUAUAUAGAGAGUCAUUUUGAUAAAUGUGAUUUCUUUUUCAUAAUUCGCACAUGAGGUCAAAAACAGUUUACAAAGCCUGUUUCUAUGAUACUAAAGCGAGCAACUGUGUAUUUCUUCACAGCAAACCAAUAAACUGUGGUCAGGUUUCCUGAAAAAAAAAAGUCUCUGUAGAUUAAUACACUUCUUCCACUUCAAGAACCACAGACUUUUGUUCCUCUUUU